AUGGGUUCAUCCGCACAAGAAUGUGGCUGCAAGGGAGCUCGCUUCUGUGCAUUGUGUGAAACAACAGAAAGAGUCAAAAAGUUACGAGUGGAAGAAGAUAAGCACACCAAUUAUAAGGUUUUCGUGUACGAUCGCGCUCGUCAGCUCGCCAUCCCUACUGAUAACCUGAAUUCGAAAUCAUCACUUCAAGAAAUCAUUGAUGAAACCGAUGCAUGUCACUCAACAUCUGCUGAAAAUGCAAUCCAAAUCGACGGGCUAACUCUGAUCCACGAUUUCUUAACAGAGGCUGAGGAAUCCGACGUUCUAGAAAUGAUAGACACAGUUGAAUGGGUUCAAUCACAAAGUGGCAGAAGAAAGCAAGACUACGGACCAAAAGUGAACUUCAAGCACAAAAAGGUGAAAACGGAUUCGUUCAUCGGAAUGCCAGAAUACGCUGAUAUGUUGCUAAAUAAGAUGAGCGAAUAUGAUGUGACGAAGUUGGGCAACUAUCAGCCAUUCGAAAUGUGCAAUUUGGAAUACGAGGAAGUGAAGAAAAGUGCGAUUGAAAUGCAUCAGGAUGAUAUGUGGAUUUGGGGUAACCGACUGAUAAGUAUAAAUCUGAUCAACGGAUCGGUUAUGACACUAUCCAACGACUCAAAGGAAUCCCUUUGUUACGUUUACAUGCCGCAUCGUUCGUUAAUCUGUAUGGCUGACGAAUGCAGAUACGAAUGGAAGCAUGGUGUACUGGCUCAUCACAUCAGAGGUCGAAGAAUAGCGUUAACGAUGCGUGAAGCGGGCAAAGACUUCCAAAAAGGCGGAGAGCUAUACGAGAAGUACGGUGCUGAACUCAUUCGUCUGGGAAACAUUCGAGUACCACUCAACAAAACUUCCGCGUGA